CAGCCUCAGCACGAGGCAGCAGUGCGUGUUCUGCUCCCAAGCCUUGUCCUGCUCCCAAGCCUUGUCCUGCUCAGCACCCGAGGCAGCACCAUGGCUCUCCGCCUCUUCCUGCCGCUGCUGCUGCUGCUGGCUGCCACCCUCCUCAUCACCCAGGCUCAAGGCAUUGGAAGCUCAGCCUCAGACUGCUGCCUGAAGCACAGCAAGAAAGACAUCCCCACUGGUGUGGUGGCAUCCUACCGCCUCCAGGGACCCGAGUCGGGAUGUUUUCUGCGUGCUGUUGUGUUGACCACCAAGAAGAACAAGAAAAUCUGUGCCUCUCCCUCUUCUGAUGCUGUCCAGAAGUUGAUGCGCCACCUGGACAAGAAGGCCAAGAAUGCCAAGAGCAGGGCACAGACCCAGCGUCCCAGGAGCAGACCCAAGAAGCAGAGGCGGGAGCGGGUCUAAGUCAGGCCUGAAGAGGAUGGAUGCCUUCCCACUGGUGACUGACCCACGGCCCGGCAAUGGCAAUGGAGAUACACAAACCACACACCCACCCACCCGCCGACCCCAGGGCGGGGAUGGGGCAGGCUGGGGAGGAUUCCCGCUGCCCCAGAACCUCUUUGUUGCUGCUAUGCCUGACACAGAGAUCCCCCAGCACCUGCAGUGCCUGGGUGUUCUCAGCAAAGCAGGCACCCAGGUCCUCACUUGUCCCACGGCCAAAUAGGUGGGGACCUGGGAGUGGGAACUGAGCCAUGGCCCCUAGGGGGAAGUGGACAGGCUUCCCACUGAAGGGGAGUUAUUUAGCCUAGCAGGAUGGCCGCUUUUCCUAUGACUUUUUUCGGGGGAUAUUAUACAUUUGUAUUUAUAUUUGAAAACUGUGCUUUCAUUCAGUCUUCCUGAAAGACUUCAGUCUCCUCGUGCUUCACAAAGUAGCCCUUAUGCUGCAGGCUAGAUUUUCUGGAAGGUUUCUCUUAUUUUUCUACCAAAUAAACCAUGGCUGCAUUUUAUUUUCCUCUCAUCUCUUUGCUCCUUUUUGGCUUACAAGGCCGUGGGGUACUAGGCAGGUCCCAAGUCCUGUGGUCCUACUUGAGCUGCUUGCUGGGUGCUUCUUUGUAAAGCAAUUAAUAUUGGCUGAGAUGGAGAGUUUUGGGGUAACAGUGUGGCUCUGUGUCUAGGCUGUUCUAGUAUUUCAGUUUUUAUGGUGCACUGUUGCAUUGUAAUUUGGAUAAAGAUAGCCACAAUUUGUCCCUUUGGUUUUUUUAUUUUCUUUUUUAGGUAAAAUGCUUCCAUGAAAUAGGAACUAAUUUUUCAAUUUAGUGGAAUUACACCCUUUUAGCUCCCCUGGCUACAAAAUUGCAAUGAAAUCAGAACAAAUUGUUCGGUUUAGUGGGAUUUUAUCCUUUUCUUUCCCCUGGCUUUGCUUGUGUCAGGGAUUCAGACACUGUUAAGACAAAUGCUUAGUUUUCUGGGAAAAAAAGCACCAGGAACCCUCUUAUACUUAUUUACCAAAUCUGAAAAGCCCACAUGGGGAAAAAUGCAUGUGAGGGUGUGAAAGUGGGGGAAUAGAAGAUUUCGUAAAAUUCAUUGUAGACAUCCUGCAGCCAUUUGAGACCAUCUCUGUCCCAAACCUUUAGUGAGGGAAGUCACUAAGUGGAGGACACCUUUAGGUGAGACUGCAGGUAGAGGUGGGACAGACCCCUGGGACGGGGCUGGAGGGGAAAUGGCAUCUCCCUGUACUUGCAACUUGCCCUCCUUGGCAUGCUGAGAAGGAGCAAAUUGAACAGCUGUACUAGAGCCACACUGCUAUCUGCUUGCAGAGAUUUUGAAUGUGGACUUUGGUCAGUAAAGGUCUAUUAAGUCAUAUAAAUGCAAUAAUAGGAUUUGCAGAGCUUAACAGUAUCAGCAUGGGCUGUGUGUUCGUUGGAGUAAAGCUUGUAGCUGAGUGUUUCUACCAAGUACAUAUAUCUGGCUUGACUGCUUUAUUAAGAGGGCAUUUAGGUGUAUUAUUUUGAGGCUGUGUAAAGUAACUGUGAAGUCCAAGAUACCGGCUCUGAGCACAGGACAGGCACUGAGCUGUCUCCUUGCUGCUGCCUCCUCCACAUGGAGCACGCGGCCGUCUGCCAGACCGGCUUUUGGACAGGAUGUGUGGCAAUAAAAUAUGCUUUAUAACCAAA